CUUGCACAGGUCAGAUGGGGGCCUAAGGACCUAAAGUACACGGAAUUUAAAAACAAAAGUCACUGUCCCCUUCAUCACUGACUCUCAUUGUUUAAUUAUCCAUUAAGUUAGCUUUUCAAUUUAUUGUACGGAAUGCUCAAAUGAAGAUGGCAAGCUCCACAGGUAUCAAACGCGGUGCAAGCCAUCUCGCCUCCCCAGACGCAAAAAAGGCCAAGACGAACAGCAGCAUUACCUCAUUCUUCGGUGUUCCCAAAGCCAAAAGUGCAGCCUCGAUAUCUGUCACCUCGGGAUCUAAAUUCAACAAAGAGAAGUGGGUUGCAUCGCUGACCCCGGAGCAGAAGGAACUCCUGCAUUUGGAAAUCGAAACACUUCACGAGAGCUGGCUGGCACAUCUUAAGGACGAGGUUAUCACCCCGGAGUUCCUUGACCUCAAGCGUUUCCUCAAGAAGGAGAAGGGGGCUGGGAUUAAGGUCUUUCCUCCAGAGGAUGAUAUUUACUCAUGGUCACGAUACACGCCAUUGAAUACUGUCAAGGCCGUCAUCCUCGGUCAAGACCCAUACCAUAACCAUAACCAAGCUCAUGGCCUUGCAUUCUCGGUUCGGCCGCCGAUUCCUGCGCCCCCGUCACUAGUCAAUAUCUAUACCGCUAUCAAAAAUGACUAUCCUUCAUUUCAAGCACCUGCAAACAAGGCAGGUCUCUUGACACCAUGGGCCGAACGUGGGGUGCUGAUGCUCAAUACUUGUUUGACUGUGCGCGCCCACAAUGCCAAUAGUCAUUCAAAUAAGGGGUGGGAACGGUUCACGCAGAAGGCCAUCGACACUGUCGCCAAGGUUCGCACCCGUGGUGUGGUCUUCCUCGCAUGGGGGAAGCCUGCCGGAAAGCGCGUCGCAGGAGUUGACCAGAAGAAACACUUGGUACUGCAAUCUGUGCAUCCUAGCCCCCUCAGUGCCUCCAGAGGCUGGUUCGAUUGCGGUCACUUCAAGAAAUGCAACGAAUGGCUGGCUGAACGAUACGGAGAGGAGGAAAUAAUCGACUGGGCCUUGACAGCCAAGACUACAACCAUUCCGGCUCUGGCUUCCAUCGCAGCCAACACAGUCAGCAUCAAAAAGACCGAGGCCUCGUCAGCCGAGGAAUCUAAAGAGCAAGAAGGGACAAGCGCCAUCAAGACGGCCCAACCCAUCAAACCGAGCGCUGAUGAUGAAUUUGAGGAUGAUUUCGCAGCUGAAGACCUUGAUGCUCUUGAAGCUUUAGCUUCGGCUGAAACUGAAACGACUCCUGCAAAGUCUCAAUAGAUUAUCAGAAAGAAGGAAAUCAUAUGCUGAAAAUGAUACAACAUCAAACAGAGUUGGACUCAAAGUUUAGUGUCAUUCAGAUAAUGCUGCUAUCAAGUAC